CGUACUGUCCUGUGGAUGGUCAUCGGGGCGGCUGUGCAUCUCACUGUGUCUGCUUCUCUUUCUUCCCAGGGUAAAGUCGAGUAUCUGGUGAAGUGGAAAGGAUGGCCCCCAAAGUACAGCACGUGGGAGCCAGAGGAGCACAUCCUGGACCCCCGCCUGGUCAUGGCCUAUGAGGAGAAGGAGGAGAGAGACCGAGCGUCGGGGUAUAGGAAGAGAGGUCCGAAACCCAAGCGGCUUCUGCUGCAGCGGCUGUACAGCAUGGACCUGCGGAGCUCCCACAAGGCCCAGGGCAAGGAGAAGCUCUGCUUCUCCCUGACGUGCCCACUCGGCAGCGGGAGCCCCGAGGGGGUGGUCAAGGCGGGGGCGCCUGAGCUGGUGGACAAGGGCCCCUUGGUGCCCACCCUGCCCUUCCCGCUCCGCAAGCCCCGAAAGGCCCACAAGUACCUGCGGCUCUCACGCAAGAAGUUCCCGCCCCGCGGGCCCAACCUGGAGAGUCACAGCCAUCCACGGGAGCUCUUCCUGCAGGAGGCACCGGCACCGGACGUCCUGCAGGCAGCCAGCGAGUGGGAGCCUGCUGAGCAGCCCCCCGAAGAGGAGGCAGAUGCAGACCUGGCCGAGGGACCGCCUCCCUGGACACCUGCGCUCCCCACAAGUGAAGUGACAGUGACAGAUAUCACCGCCAACUCCAUCACCGUCACCUUCCGCGAGGCCCAGGCCGCUGAGGGCUUCUUCCGAGACCGAGACCGAGACCGAGACAUAGGCCACAGCGGGAAGUUCUGAGUCCCCGUUUUUACUUCUCUUAGACUGUUUUCUUUUGGGCUUGGGGUGGGGACUUCCAGAGGGGAGGAGGGGUCUAGGGAGGGUAAUUAUUUUAUUUAAAAAUACGAAACGGGAGGAGGAGGAAGAUCCCAACACUCUCCCACCAUCCUCCCCUUGCUCUGUGGGGGAUGUUUACAGAGAGGCCUCCGGGUCUGUUUCUGGCAGGGGGUGGGUACCCGGCACUGCUCUGUCAGUUUGGGUACCAUCUCCAGAGCAGAAUGGGGACAGGGCCACCCCCUGCACACCUCCAUCACCCUUCUCCCCAGACACAGAGCUGGCCCUGGGGACUAAGCGCAGGAGUCCAGCCUCCCCCUCACGGCGCCCAGCCCUGGGGCUGAUUCUGCCUUUGCCUCUCUGGCAGGAAGGGGACUGUGUUUUUAUCUUUGCACUCCAGCUUGCGGUGGGAUGGCGGCUCCUUUGCUCAGAGGGAGGGUCAGAGAGAAGGGCCAAAGGAAGGGGUAGAGAUGGCUGCAGUGUCCUGAGUCCAUACCCUUCAGAGAGCCUCUACUUUCCCUGGGGCAGCUGCCAGCCGAGGCCUCCUGCUGAGAGCUUCCCCAGUCCCACCCUCCCCAGCUGCACCCGUGUGCGCGCACCCUGCCCUCCUGCCCCGUGAGUGUUUGCAUGUAACUGCAGACAUGUGCGAUGGGUCCUACAAAUCUCCUGUUUAGAAACCUGAUAGAUGAAUGUGAGGUGAUCACAGCACAAAAGAACUUGCUACGGGCACCACACACUCACCCCACCUGGCAUAGCCCAUCACGUGACCGGAUCCGGGCCUACUGGAAGCUGUCAGCAGGGUCUGGCAUGGCAGAUGUCCUCUGCUGCUCUGGGCACGCAGGUGUGUGGCUUCGCCCGGCGUCUGCAGGUGGGCCUGUGCUUCCUCCUGGGGGGCUCUGUUCUCUCUGACUCAGGUGACCUUUCAGCCCUUCCCACUCCCCUCUUCUGCCCUCUCCUCAGCUCAGCCAAUGGUGGGUGUGGGUGGUCAGGGAGGGAGGGAGUCCCACCACCUUCUCAGGGCAGCCUCAACUCCCUCCAUCCCUCCUCCUUGCAUCCUGUGCCCCCUUUGCACCCCGACAUGCCGACAUGCCGAAGCCAGGCUGGCCUGUGUUCUGUGGUGGGGCCUCUGCCAUGUCUUCCUGCAGUCAGGCUGCGGGGCUGGCGGUGGGAGGGGCAGGCUGUGCACAAGCCCCAGGCCGCCCUCCAGCACAGGCUGUGUCUGCCAGCCGGAGGGCACUCACUUUCUAGUUUGCACCAAUGUGCCCUGUGGACUGGUAACUCCCCUGGCAGUGAGGAGUGGCUUCUGCCCCAUCCCAGCCCUGUGGGCAGAAAAGGCCACAAGGCGGGGUGGGAGCGGGUGGGGGGGCGGGAAGUGCCAGAGGGCAAGUACAAGCCUGGCCCUCCACCCUCCGCCAUUCUGCCUGCCCUCCAGGGCCGCCCUCCCCGCUGUGUCCUGAGGCAGGAUAGGGCUAUUCCUUCCCCAAGCCCCCUCCCCAGUUCCCAAACCAAAGACACCGCACCCCAUUUCUGCGUUGGGUGCCCUGCUGGCAAGAUUCUCAAAUCCCUGGUCUCUCUCCCCUUCUUCCUAUUUCUUCACUGUCCAGGGUCAAUUCAGUGCUUCCAUUGGGGACAGUCCCCUCGGGGUGACUUGAUUCACCCCGGCCUGGGGAGUUGGAUCUAGAGGCUUAAGUGGGGGUGGGUCAGGGGAAGGAGGGGCAGCUGUGCCCCUGGGAGGGAAAGGCAGCUGGAGUUGGGACCUUCCCAGGACUGGGGCUCCCAGCCGAGGCGAGGUGUGGAGGGGGGUGGGCUGGGAGGUCUCUAGUGGAAUGCUGUUUGCUCAUGGCUUUGGGACAGGCUGGCAGCUUCUAGUAUAAGUCAUACUCAUUCCCCAGGGGACACAGGACCUCGUCCUGGCUCAUGGGCCCUCCCAGACAGUGUGUUAGGUCCGCACCACCAGGAGCCAGGCCAAGAGACAGAGUUUAAGAAAGUUUAUGUUCUCGCCGCGGGCUGAGCCCCGUGUGCCCGCGUCAGCGAGGGAGUGUUUGUGUUCCCUUAUACAGGCCGGGGUCAGGGCUGCUGCCUGAGCAGGACGUCCUUGGAAGACAGCAGUGUGUCUGGGGAGGGGGCACGUGUCCACCAGACAGAGGGAGCGCCCGAGUCGGCGGGGAGUGGAUCUUAUUUUGCUUCUGCAGGUGCAGGCUGCUUGCUUCAAGCUAUGGGAAACAAUAUCUCAGAAAACAUGGCCAAGGAGGGGCUGGGCAGUGCAUCCCGAUAAGCUGUGUGUGUAGAACUUGCAGAAUCGGGGCGUGGGGGCCUGUUGUGGAAUGAGGCAGCAGCAACCAAACCCUUCUUGCCUUUGACUUAGCCCUUUCCGGCCCACGGGCGUCCUGUGUCUCAGAGAGGGCUGACCCUGCAGAGCCUGCUCCCUGGGGGAAGGGCUCUGUCUGGCCUGUUAGGACCCCGCCUCCAGCACAUAGACCUCAAUGAGGGGUUGGGUGUGGCCUCCUCCCAGCCCUGAGUGUCCCCGCCUCCCACCUCGCCUCGCUUCCACACUGAAGGCCAGUACUCCAGGGAGUGGAUGCUUCGAAAGAUUGGACCUCCUGCCUCCCUUGGCCCACCCCCACCCAUUUGAAUGUAGUUGGUACUUCCUCCCCCCCCCUCCCACUCCCUCCCCCGCUGUGGGAUCGGACAGGAGAUUGUCCUCCACCCCUGGCAAGGCCACUCCUCAUGCAGCAGCCGAGCCCAUGAUCAUCACCCCAUCGAGCCCGUUGCCAACGCCCCCCUCCUCCCCUGCUGGGGAAGGCGCUAUGCUUCCGCGUAGCUUCGCUUUAGAAGUGGCCAGCCUGGCCUCCAGGUCUCAGCACAAGAACGCUUCCUUUGCACAGAAUGAGCAGUGAGCUUUGCUCAGACGAAAUGAAUGUAUUGGGAGGGGCUGGCACGAACCGUCCCCAGCACCUGCCUCUUGUGAGUGGGUGGGUGCUGGGGGAGCCGGAGUGGAUGCAGAGCUCGGGUUUAUUUUUGUACUGAUAUUGGUAACAGACUGUAUAGCAUCUAUUUAUUUAGAUGAUUUACCUGGUAAAUGAGGCAAAAACUAUUAAAAACACAUUAAAGAUGAUUUUUAAAAAGGUGA